AUGCAGCACAGAGACCCAGCAGAUUCGAUUCGUGUCUUGGCGAUUUGGGCUCUGCUUCUGCACUGUCCUUCAGUUGCUCGAUGUCUCUGCGCUUUUUCUGAUCAACCUGUCGCCUUCUCGUUGGUACUGUCAAGACUGGCAAAGUCCCUGGCGCGAGAGUCACAUGACUGGUUCUUCUACGAAGAGUCCUUGCUGAAAUUGGCUGAUUCGUUGUCGAAUUCGGCGGUGGCAUUGGUUUCGAAGGUGCACAGAGUCUCUCCCAACAAGGCCUAUCGACUUCUCUGCCAACCCCUAGAGGGAUUCCAAGGCGCCACAUUGUCGCAGCUCGCUUUCCAGUUCAACAAUCGAGGCUUGGUAGCUCAUGAAUCGUGUCAGCGCUGGCUCCAUCGUCUUCUCUACGGACAACUCCAGACAUGCUCAUCAACAAUUCUACCGCGGUGGUUGAAAACACUUCUUGCAGCGGUAUUUGUUGUCCCGAUUCGUUGGUGGAUAUGUGUUCGAAGUAACGGCAUAUCAUCACAGUUGUAUGGUUCUGACAAGAAAUCGCCAACAGCAGCACUUCUCGAUGUUGACAGGCAACAAAAACGCGUGCGAGCCAUAUCAACGUACAGUGUGGUAUCUGGUCGUAGUGAUGUGCUGAGUGCAGUGGGUGCUGGACAUUCCAUGCCACAACUGGCUUUUACGGAGUCGGUCACACCACAGUCGAUGGUUUUCCCACUCAACAUCGAGGAUGUCGAGGGUGAAGAUGCGAUUUUUACUAAAAAGCCGCGUCCAAUCAGUCGUCGUGCACCACCGUCAUUGUGCUUGUUUUACUCAACUCCAAUCGUCAAGUACUGGCUGUCGCUCCUAUUCCGACUGCUUCACAUAGCGCUUCUCGCUUAUUCGAUCUUACUACCUGGGUGUGGUAACCUCACGCUGGACGCGAUCGUUUGGAUGUGGACGUUUAUCGCAUGGAUUGAAGCAGUUUGGGUACUCAACAUGCGUAAUCACACCACACCCCUUUCACUGAUGCCAUGGCGGGUUUUCGACUGUGUUCUGACGUUGGCAUUUCUGAUUUCAAUGCUUUUGUUUAAAUUUGUUGGUGACAGUGUUGUGACGGAUUUCUUUUUGCUUUCUACUGUGUAUCCUGUACGGGUUUUGUCGUCUUUCUUUUUGCUCUACUGGUGCUAUGCAACGAUUUUCUUCUACAUUCCCCUCUCUGAACUGUUUGGUCCGAUUAUCGUUCGAGUGAAGCUGAUGAUCCUCAGAGAUUUCACCAACUUCCUUAUUUUGGUCGCUUUAGUGAUGUCAAGUAGUGCAGCGGCGAUUCACGCUGUUCUAUAUCCGGACCGGGAUAUUUCGCUUUCAGUGGCACGCUCAUCACUUGCAUGGGUUUGGUUGUCGCUUUUCACUACUGAUCUUUCCAGCCUCAAAGAAUCGGAUACAUGUAAGAGGGCAUUCCUCGGUUCGCCAACAUCUUACUGUAAUUUUGUUGGUGAAUAUGGCAACACUUCGUGCCCGUCACAAUCGGCUGCUGGUUACCUCGUUAUCAUUGAGUAUUUCGUGCUCCUCAAGCUAAUUCUGUGGCCAAUCCUGUUCGCGUUCUUUGCGAAAACUGCCAAAACCGUUGAUGAGGAAGCUGACAAAAUAUGGAAAUAUCAGAUGUAUUCGUUGGUUACCGAGUUCAGUCUACGUCCACCACUUCCACCUCCACUUACACCACUGUUUUUCUUCUGUAUGGCCUGCUGCAGAGCUGGUGGACAACUUGGCGGCAUGAUGUCCACCUAUCCUGAUCAUCCAGAUGUCGAUCAUCGAGAACGAAGUCGUUCAAAUGUCCGUUUUGGUUCUGUCUAUCGUAAUCCGUCAGUACCAGCAAAAAAGAACGAAUUUGUGAAUUCGUUCUGGCGUCAGCUGAUGAUCGAUCGAUGGCGCGAGGAGACACAAGUGAAAAGUGAUGACAUUGCCAAUGCCGACACCAAGAUCAUUCAGAAUCAAUUGCGAAUGUUGGCACUGAACAACGCUUACCUAGGAGGCGAGAAGAAAAGUAAAUCCGAGAUGGAAUUAAUACCGUACGCGGAUACGGAUAUCAGACGAUUAUCUGUUCCAUCACAGGAAAGACCCUGGCAGAUUUUGCUCCCACGCUACUCGCCACCGUUCUAUUGUCGCCCAGCAGAAGAAUUCCCAGCAGACACUGCGAAGCAUGUUGAAGUUGCCACUGAGCAGAACGUGACCGAAUUGCGACGUCUGUGGCGUUCACGACAGGCUAUGGAUCCUGGCAAGGGAUGGACGUUGUCGGCGGCUGGUUAUCCACUCAAUCCACACGGUCGACGAGGUAUUGCUGGUCGAGGCUGCCAUCCACGUUUUGGAGCUAAUAAACGUUGCUACUACAUCAUUCUGAAAGGAACAACAAAAACCGAGUGUAAAGUAUUGCUCGACGCACACCACAACCUCCCGAAUGAGCCACAUCCGGAAAGUAGCUCAAAGGACGAGCACCUGGCCUCUCUGCUGAGGACAAUAGGGUUACCUGAAUCGGAUGCACAGGUAUUUUCCAUGCGACGUCUCGAUUCGUCUAUCAUCGACUCGUCCGAAACUGUCCCGCCAACUGAUACAAGCCCCGCCCACAUCGCCAGGCUUGCCAUCGAGCACGACAUCGACACGGAUCAUGCGUGGACUGAACAUGAUCUUUGGGCCAUUUCGUUGAGAAAUCGUCCGGUGCUUCAUUCGACUAUCGGCUACAGCUGGUAUUCCAUCAAUUCGGCUAUGUCGUUGUCGAAAGUGCAUACCGAUUUACUUAACAAAACUCUGCGAGUAUACGGUAUCGAGUGA